AUGGAGAUUAUUGUGCAGAAUUACCUUAUGGUGUUUUUACUUGGUCUUGGGGCCAUGGUAACCUUUCAACACACUUAUCUUUCCAUAAAAAAAUAUUUCCGUCGGAAUUAUGGGAAAACAUCAGAUAUACUUCGCUUUAUUUGUAAUUACGGAAACUUGUGUAGAUUCUUAAUUUCAAUCGGAUAUUUCUUGACUCCAUCGGACGUAACUUCUACAUCUUGUAAAACGUUGGGAUAUUUAUACUUAAUUUCAUAUCAUUUAUUCCGUUUAUCUUUAUUCGCUUUCAUGUUAUGGACCCUUUAUCGAAUGUCUUACGAGAGAAAGGAUCUUUGGAUUGGUAUCACGUUCCUCCUAAUACGAACUUCCCUGAUCAUUCCAACAUUUAUAUUCGUUCAACCUGUAUCAAUUCUAAUGAAUUUUCCCAAUCAAGUUCCUACGAAUCAAUGUGAAAUGUUAUUUACACAUAAAAUUAUUGUUGAGCUAGAACUGCCCAAAAACAUUCUAGAGAAUACGAUGCUAAUACACGUGAUAAUUAAACUCAUCUACCUAAAAUUGAAAAAAAAUCGUAACAUUACUAUGGAAGCUCCAACAACAUGUGAAACAAAAACGACAAAUAACGCUGGCACUUCCACGACUUCAACAACAAAUAUAUUGUCCGCACGACGUCCAUUAAAUUCUUCUAUGGUUUAUUGGACGGCUAUUUUGGCAGCGACAGUUUUAUUGUUAAAUUUGUCGUUAAUAAAUAAGGAGUCAUUAGAUAAACCUGAAAAAAUGCUUUUAAUGAAAGCUAAAAAUGCAAACAUAAUUAGGGUUGCUCUUAAUAUAUUCCCGUAUCUUUUUGUUUCUUGUGUAAUUACUUAUUUUGAUAAUGAGAAAAAGAAUGUCAUAUUUUAUAAUUGUAGUAAGCAAAACGCAAGUAUUGGAAGUGGAAUUUUGAAAAAUAGUUCUAAUCAGUUAGAUGGAUGA